AUGGAAGGAUCCUCUAGCUAUAUCAAGAAGAACAGCGAUGCACCUUGUCAGAGUCAGAGGGGGGGUUGCAAAGAGAGAGGUCUUUGGUUAGUGGAUUUUGAUGUUAGUGUUUCCAAUCCAAUCAACCAAAUUAUGAAUGACUAUGAACUAAUAUUGUACUUUAAAUAUAAUAAUAAUAAUGUUAAGAUUGGGUUGGUUCAAGAGUCAAAAGCAAUAAAGAAUGAAUGA